CAUAAUAGAGACUGGGAGAAAGGAGGUGGAAUUUAGAUGUGUGACCUGCCCCGUAGCUUUCGUGCUCUCUGCAUUUAUCACAUCACAUCACACCCAGCAAGACAGCCCCCUCCUCCUGGCUCAUUAGGAGAUUUGGUUCGGCGUGGCUCCUGCUGUCAGCAGCUGUCUGGGGCGAGGUCUUUAUGCUCCCUGCUCCCUGAGCGGCAGCCAGCCUUCAGCGGGCAGCGGAGCUCAUUAGAAGGGGGCCCCCUGGCCACUGGAUUUCAUUGGCGGCAGGAAAGAGUUAAUGCCGCCGGCUUCGCUGCCCCCUGCACAGUCUCUGGGUGCAGAGGGAGGCAGCUCUGGGCUGUGGGGACUUCUCCCUGAGCCUCAGCCAAAGAAGCAGGGGAGCAGCUUCACGAAGCUGAGGAGGAAGACCUCCUUCACCCGCAGCCUCUCUGACCAUCCCGUUGGCAGAGACCCGCAGGCCAUGAGGACCGGUCAGAGACAGAACAAAGGGAUGAGGACUCGACUGGGAUGCCUGUCUCACAAGUCAGACUCGUGUAGUGAUUUCACAGCGAUUCUUCCCGACAAGCCCAACCGUGCUCUGAAGAGACUUUCCACAGAAGAAGCCACCAGGUGGGCCGAUUCCUUUGACGUGCUUCUCUCCCAUAAGUAUGGGGUGGCUGCAUUCCUUGCCUUCUUGAAGACCGAGUUCAGCGAGGAGAACCUGGAAUUCUGGUUGGCCUGUGAGGAGUUCAAGAAGACCAGGUCAACUGCAAAACUGGUCUCCAAGGCCCAUAGGAUUUUUGAGGAGUUUGUGGACGUGCAGGCUCCGAGGGAGGUAAACAUAGACUUCCAGACUCGAGAGGCCACGAGGAAGAACAUGCAAGAGCCAUCCCUGACUUGCUUUGACCAAGCGCAGGGCAAAGUACACAGCCUCAUGGAGAAAGACUCUUACCCCAGGUUCCUGAGGUCCAAAAUGUACUUAGAUUUGCUGUCCCAAAGCCAGAGGAGGCUCAGCUAGACCGCAGAUGGGGACUCUUGGAGAUCGCUGGCUUUCCCCGCCCCUUGCUGCUAAGACCAUAUUCUAAUGUGAAAUGUCAGGGGUGUUCUAAAGCAGUGGUGUUUAGGUUGGGAGGCUGGGGUGAGGAGGGGAUGAGGGGCCAUUCCAAAGUGUAAUUCAGUCACCAGAACUGGGAUUCUAUUUUAUUUACCCAUGUUUAUGUUUUCGUUAGUGGUAGCACCUGGCUGCACUCCUCUGGGUCAGCAACUUGCCCUCCAUAAUGCCUUGGGUCAUCUCCACUGAGAAGGCAGAUUCGCUAGGCCGGGCUAACGAGUAAAUAAUAGAAAUGCAGUUUCCAUACCUCCCAUACCCUCCUCCGUUAGGAUUCCUGACACUCUACCUUGUCCUAUACCCCUGUGAGGAAGAGUUAGAAGACUGGCUCACACCUGGGAUUUGCUAUCACAGUGUAACAGCCAGUUCCGGGUGCUGGGGCCUCACAGUUUAGGAGAGAGGUCUCUGUGGAAUCCCUGGUCUCUAGAACUAUCAUUGAUAGGUGACCCCUGGGAGAAGGGGCAAACUCCAUGGAGUUGGCUGUUUCUUCCAUUUCCACAGAACCAGUGUGCAAAGCUGUGCUCACUGCCCAUCUUAGUCUAGGAUAUUCACAAGACUCCCCUACCCUUGCAAGACCCUUCCAGAAAGGGUCUUGGGAGAUGUCCCUCACAGCUUCUGAUGCGGAGCUGCUAUUAAGAUACAGCUUGCUUAUCUUCCUACCUUCUACCAAGAAGUUUCCCAGAAGUUGAACAACCAGGAAAUGUAGCACCAGUAGACCUUUCUGCAGUGGGGCACCAUAUAACCUUUCUGCUGCUUAAUGUACUCUCUGCCCUCGCUUCCCUGUGGCAUCACACAUCACCGAUCUCUUAGAAUGACAGACAGCUUGGCAAAGGGAGGCGAAUUCCCAUAGCAUGGACAGCUCUCACGGUGCCUACUGCUCUCCCUGUCUGUCUCUGUCCCCUCUCCCAUGCAGGUCAUGUAAUUAUGAUGGGGGCGAAUGGGAACUUAGGCCAU